CCUGAACGCACUUACCACAUGUACAUGAUUUAACAUCCAAGGGCCUUUGAAACUAUGGCUCUAGACUCCUCGAGGAAACGUCACCAGAUGUUGCAGCAGUCAGCAGCUUCUGUCUCUGAUGACGACUGGAAAGGAGUCACUAACCCCGCUGCGCGCCGGAGAGUUCAAAACCGUCUUAACCAGAGAGCCUACCGAUUACGUCGGAGUAUCCGGGACAAUGAAGGAGCACAGGCGGAUAAUGCAUUUACUGUGCCCGCUGAUCAACGCCAUCUGCCCGGAAACUCUGCUGCCGAAGCACCCACGCAGCAUGACUCGAUUACGUGCAGGUUAUCCGACAUUCAGCAUCAUCAAUGCACAUUCGCACCUCCAAAUGUACACAAAUUGAUGACCCAGUUCGAGAAGAGCGCAAUGACGAGGUACAUGGAGGGGUCUCCCAAAACAGAUCUGCUCCUCAAUUUGAGCAGAUUGAAUGUCCUACGUGCAGCUUACCAGAAAGCGGUUGCAGUUGGCAUGGCUAUCGAAUGGAUGUGCGAGGACAACACUGUUUCGAUUUUUAGUUUGGCCCGGCCACAUCUGUCUGAGGAUAGCAUUCCUCAAAGUUUACGACCGACACCACUUCAGAGAGCAGUUCCACACCACCCGUGGCUUGAUAUUUUCCCGUUUCCGCAAAUGAGGGACAACCUGAUCCGCGCGGGAGAUAGCUUAGAUGAUGAUGAACUGUGCCAUGACCUCACAGCAUUUUGGGAUACACGCAGUAGCCGUGCAACAAUGCUUGUGUGGGGAACCCCAUGGGAUCCGAAAAAUUGGGAGGUUACUGAGGAUUUUGCUCGGAAAUGGCGGGUCUUUCUUUAUGGCUGCCCUGAGAUUUUGGUUUCGACGAAUAACUGGAGAGUCCGGAGGGGUGAGAAACCAAUUAUAUGGCGAAGGCUUCUGACAAAUGACGGGCAAGUGUAGAUGAUGGUCAUUGCGUGUCUAACAAUUUGAUCGACGACCUUGUACGUGUCUCAAUCCUGCUGUACGGCAGGAUCCCAAGUGGAAGGUGCAUAGCCAUCCGUUUUCAGGGCUUUCAUGUCCUCGUCUAGCCCAAAGUCGAACACGUUCGCGUCCUCCUUGGUACGCUCGGUGGUAGUAGAUUUGGACAGUGGGAUGAAACCAGAAUGAGUAAAUUGGCAUCGUGUUAGCUAGGCUGCCUCUCAGAAAAGAUCAUGCAC